AUGUCUGUUCGUACUUCUUCAAGAUCUAAUAAGGGUCAGAAUAAAUAUAUUGAGUAUCUGUUACAGGAGGAGAGUGAAACACCCAAGAAAAAAAGAACUAAAAAGAAGGCUGAUUCAGUGACAAAAAAGAAUAAGAAGGCUGAUUCUUCCCAAGAGCCAAGUAAAGAUACUGAGAAAGAAAGAACAGAAGAAGCAGAAGAAGCAGACGAGGGCUAUGUUAGGUGUUUGUGCGGGGCAAACAAUGAGAACUACGAUGCUGCUGAAUACUCGCAUGGGGACAUGGUUCAGUGCGACGGCUGUGAUUCUUGGCAGCAUAUUAAAUGUAUGACCAAUGGUAAAGACGCCAUCGAUGGGCUAAUGAGCGAGGAUUCUAAGUACUACUGCGAAUUGUGCGACCCAUCGCUGUAUGCACAUUUGGAAAAAUCUAAGGAGGUGGAGAUUUCAGAGGACGAUGAUUACGAUGAUGAUGAUGUUUAUAAGCCCAUUAAUGACCACAAUGACAAUGAUGCAGAUAUCUUCCUUGAUGAAGAAAGCCCCAGGAAACGGAAAAGGAGUCCCGAUAGUUCCAAAGGGAACCUUACCAAAAUUAAGCAGGUGAAAAAAUCCAAUGAGUCAAAAAAAAGGAAGAAAAGCACUGAUGCUACCAAUUUUGACACUGUCGAAAACAGAAUGCCUACCAAGAGAGAUUUUGAAAGCGAAAAAGAACACAAACUGAGAUAUAAUGCAGAAAAAAUGUUCUCUACCUUAUUUAGCAAGUUCAUCAUCCCCGAGACGACAGAGGCAAAGCUUUAUAAGCUUCCUGAUGGGAAAGAUACAGUAUUCGUGUCAAAAGAGUUUGCGCACAAUCUUGAGGAUGAGCUUUAUAAAGCUUGCCUUAACGUCGAAUUUGGUACUUUGGAUAAGAUAUACACAGAGAAAGUGAGAUCAUUAUAUUCUAACCUAAAGGAUAAGAAAAAUUUGGAACUGAAAGCACAUGUUAUAGAGGGUAAAUUACCUUUGAAUAAGCUGGUAAACAUGAACGCAUCUGAACUGGCAAAUCCUGACUUACAAGAAUUCAAAGAAAAAAGGGAUAAAGUUACUUUAGAAAACUUUAUUGUUGAGGUACCCGACAAACCCAUAUACGUUAAAACCCAUAAGGGUGAUGAGCUGAUCGAAGAUUCCGCUGAACCUCAAGAGGAUAUUUUAUACUCAAAAGAUAGCAUAAGAUUACACAACGUUGAGAGUAGCGACAGCGAUAAGGGCAAAAUAGAACAGACACAUGCCAUUCCAAAAGAACUCAGCCCAAAUACAAUAAUCAACGAAGAGUCUCUACAGUGCGCAUUUUUAUACCCCGGCUUAGGACUUGAGUUUACAGGUUACCUAAACCACGUUGGAACUUCACAAAAGUUAAAGAGGGAUAUCAUCAAGGAAGCUAUUGGCGACGGCAAACUGUAUGUGGAAGGACGAUUGCCUACAACUACUGCUGUACCAUAUCUUAAAGAAAUCUCCUGCUCUAGAGCUAUAUUAGUGUAUCAAUUAUUUUCCUCAAAUGACGAUGAAAGUAAGGCAACUUUCGCAGAAGUUGUAGACUCACUGGAAAAUAAAAGUCGCAUUGCGGGUAUAAAGCCAAAAACUAGAUACGAAAAGGAUUUUUAUAUUGUUCCAUCGAGGAGCGGUGAAAUUCCAGAAAUUUUGAAAGAAAUUCUAGAAAAUAAUAGUGAAAGAUCUGAGAGAUUCUCGCCCGUUAAAUCGGAUGAAAGAACAUUAUUCGCAUUUGUUGUGGUAAAGCAGGAACUUAUUCAUUAA